CAAAUCUCUCUCCCUCUCUCUCUCUCUCUCAAAAGAAAUGCAGAAACCACACAUGUAACAGUUGUCUAUUUUCCAAUCCCAACAACAACAUCUGCACUGCCAAAACCCAAAAAACCUCAAAAACUGUCUUCACUUUUCCCUCUUCUUCUUCAUCUUAUGUUAACCAAAGACAACACCUUUUAGAUUCACAUACUAGAACCAGACAUCAUAAAACCUCAAAGACCCAGUUAAAAAAACCAAAACUUUAAUGGGCUAUCUUUCUUGUAAAGCUGAAUCAGCCAUUUCCAUCUCCAAUUCCCACACCCCAUCUUCAAAUUUUCCCAGCACCACUCACAAAAAACCCAUCAAGAUCAAGCAUUUUAACUACUGUGAUCUUGAAGCUGCCACCAACAACUUCUCUGAUCAAAAGUUGUUGGGAAAAGGCAGCCAUGGCUAUGUCUACAAGGCCCUCAUUCAUGGCCGCCAAGUUGCUGUCAAGAAACCGUCUCGAACUCCUUCUCUCAGACCAGAUAUGCCAGCCAGUGAGGUGGAUAAUGAGAUUGAAAUCUUGUCCAAAAUCCACAGCCCAAGACUGGUAAAUCUACUUGGUUUUACCACUGAUUCUGAAAAUAGGCUUUUGGUGGUUGAAUUCAUGAGUAAUGGUACUUUGUAUGACAUUCUUCAUUCCACAACUCGACCUCCUGGUUGGGGUCGAAGAAUUAGAUUAGCUUUGCAUACUGCUAAAGCCAUUGACAUUUUGCAUUCAUCAAACCCACCUGUAAUUCAUAGAGAUAUUAAGUCUGCUAAUGUGUUAAUAGAUAGAAACCAUAAUGCUCGGUUGGGUGAUUUUGGAUUAGCACUUAGGUGUCAUGUUGAUGAUUAUAGACUAAGGUCUACACCCCCUGCUGGGACUAUGGGGUAUUUAGACCCUGGCUAUGUGACCCCAGAUAAUUUGAGCACAAAGACUGAUGUGUUUAGUUUUGGGAUUUUGUUGUUGGAGAUUAUUAGUGGAAGGAAGGCUAUUGAUGUUGGGCAUUCGCCGCCUUCAAUUGUGGAUUGGGCAAUUCCUCUUAUAAAGAAAGGGAAACUUUCUGCUGUUUAUGAUCCAAGGAUUGAACUUCCUAAGGAUUUGGUUGUGAGGAAGCAAUUGGUAGUGAUUGCUGGGAAGUGUGUGAGGUCAUGUAGGGAGAGGAGGCCGACAAUGAAGGAGGUUGUAGGGUGGCUUAGUGGGUUGAGUAAAUUGGUUCCACUUCACUCGUGGAAUGGUCUUAAUAAUCCGUGUAUGAUGGUAGAGAAUGUUGGGGUUCCGGUGGGGGUGGGAGUGAGAGAUGUGAAUUCGAGAGUGGAGAGUGUGCAAGGAGGAAAUUUGGAUGCUGUAGAUGGGAAAGUUAGUAGGUUGUCAAUGAGGAAUUCACGGAGAGUGUAUUCUGAUUUGGGGUUCAGGAGCAACUUGAUGGAACUUAUGGCUGGUCAUGAUGGGGAGGGUGAUGAGGUUGAGCCUGGUUCUAAAUCAGCGAAUUGGAGUGCUAAAUUAGGUAGUGGAAGAUAUUUCCACCGGAGUUGUGGUAAUGAAAGCGAUGUUCUCCAUUUGAAGCAAAAUCAAUCAGCUGGGGAAGGUUCAGACAGAUUUUCAAGAGAAGAUGUAAUGUCUCGUUCGAAUUUUAGUUCUCAGGCAGCUGAGGGUGUAUCUAAUUAAUUGCAAAACAUUCACUCAGAGCAAUUCGACAAUGGAGCAAAGCCCAGUCUUGUAAGCUUUUCUUGUUUGCAGAUUACAUUGAUGUAGAUUUGUUGGUAGCUCAUUAUUUGUGGAUUUUACAAAAUCAACCUAUUCCAUGUUGAUUCAAAUGUUUAUGUGUUGUUUUAUUCACAUUUGUGGAUAAAGGGUACAUUGCUGAUGUCCCCCUUAUAGGUUGUUUAUCCUUCUUUCUCAUGAAAUGUAUGAAAAAAGGGUUGCUGCUGAAUACAUAUCAAGAUCCAUCAGUGGGCAGUAAUCAGAUUUUUGUACUCUUUUAAUACAAACUGUAGUUCUGAUACCUUUGUUA